UUAUUGAAUUACAUUCAUUUUCAGAAUAUCUACCUCAACUCAAAUGAAUUCAAAUUGCUAUGAAUCGAGCAUGUAAUUUGCUAACAAACAUUAUUGCGGUUAUAAUGUUAUCCAACACAGCAACAAUAAUCAUGGGAAACAAUAUUUACGAUUGGAAAAUCAUAGAAACAUUGGCCGAGAGGCAUCCAUACAUUGUGGCUUUAUUGAAUAACACAAAGAAUUAUGCGUGUACAGGGGUUAUAAUAGAUCAUCGUUCUAUUUUGACGUCUGGAAGCUGUGUACACCCCGAGCCUUUGUACGCUGCUGUCGGAAGCGCCAUAGCAGGUCAAAGGACAAACGACAAUAACAUCUUCAAAAUUGCGUAUACAAAGGCACACGAAGAUUACUUUUUCGAAUUAGGGAGGAAUUAUAACGUCACUCGUAUGCACAGCAACAUCGCUCUAGUCUUUACUGUGAAGCCUGUCUUAUUGUACUUUUCUGAGAGCGCAAUUUUGGGGAACUACUUUGAAUCAGAAUUGAGGGAUAAAAAACUAUCUACAACGGGAUACGGUUUUCGUGAGGGGAAUGUCACAAAUGAAGAAGUGGGAACCUUUAAAACAAGUGGGUGUAGUUGGAGUGCCUUUCGAGAAAGGUCAGAAAAAGUAUGGUGUUAGUAUUGCUCCUGCUGCAAUGAGGUCUGCGGGACUUAUAGAGCAACUUAAGGAAAUAGAUGGCCUCAACGUCAAAGACUAUGGAGAUAUAGAAAUACCAGCGUGUCACGAAAACGCUAAUGUCGAUAACAUGGCGUACCUCUCGCUUGUGUCCGCUUGUAACAAGAGCUUGUCUAGCAAAGUGACACAAGUACUUAAAGAUGGAAGACUCGCUGUAACCAUCGGUGGAGACCAUUCUAUAGGAGUAGGCACCGUGGAUGGGCACUUUAAUGUGAACGAAGAUAUGAUCCUGAUAUGGGUGGACGCGCACGCAGACAUCAAUACAAACAAAACGUCAGAGUCAGGUUCAGUCCACGGCAUGCCUGUGGCGUUGCUCGUCAAGGAACUUUCAGACUAUUGGCCUUAUCUGCCUACUAUGGAUUGGCAGGUUCCAAAAUUUUCGAUUAAAAACCUGGGUUACAUCGGUCUGAGGUCUGUAGAUCACUACGAAAGAUUGGCCAUUGAAAAAUAUCACGUGCCUACAUUUGCAAUGGAGGAUAUAGAAGACCAUGGGAUAGCAAAAUCAAUAAAUCACAUUCUUCACUUAUUGGACCCAGAAAACAAAAAACCAAUACAUGUCAGCUUCGAUAUAGAUUCAUUAGACGCAUUGGAAGCACCGAGCACUGGAACCUCAGUGAGGGGAGGCCUAACGUUACGGGAAGCGAUCAAACUGAUGGAGAUUAUUCACUCGACGGGCCGUUUGAGGGCACUGGACCUCGUUGAAAUAAAUCCGGCAAUUGGAAAUGACUCUGAUAGAAAAAGGACAAUUGAAGCCGGACUAUGUAUUUUGAAGGCUGCUCUCGGAUUUUCCAGACGAGGAACGACUCCGCGUGGAGUGUCCGAUUUGCCCGUACAAACGCACCAUAAUUAAUAGCAGGAUUAGGAUAAGUAUUCAAAGUUCAGCGGCAUAUUUAUCAAAUGAAAUUAUGAGAUAGUCAAACUAUAAACUUAAAAUAUCUGAAGAUUAUGCUAGCUGGUAUGGAUUUCGAGACUACAGAAGACGUAUAUAUCUUGGCAUGACCUAAAAACAAACCCAGACGCAGCAUACGCACGCUUUUGACAUCUCUCGGCCACACUCAAAUACACGCACGCACACACACCCAUUAACACACGCAUACUUAAGGUCUUAAACAUUUUUUUGUUUCAUUAGAUUUUAUAUAGGCUAAAAAUUAUUUUCAUAUCGUAACUUAUAUCCGUCCUUUUGUUUUAAACAUGCACCAUGUACCACGGACAAACACAGCAUUUGAUCAGUUUUGUCACAACCAUAUUUUGUUAUAAAUAAAGAUUAUUAUUAUUAUGUCAUUAAUACUGGAGACUUG